CCACUCAGCUGUUUCCUCAACCGUCCAUAGGUAAAAGUUUUUCUCUGUCGCGCUACACUAACUUAUCUACUUCUAUUUAGCACACCAAAACGUUUCUAGACGUUAUUCAGAGGCCCACUCGUCCAAACCUCCGCAGGUCUCAGCCAUGUCUCUAUCGGACCAGAGCCAACAGUGGUAUCCCACCAGCGUACAGGUAACUGUGCUUCAGGCAAGAAGCCUGAGGAUAAAGGGAAAAAAUGGCACCAACGACUCAUACGCCAUCAUGCAAGUGGCCAAGGAUAAAUUCGCUACGGCGGUGGCAGAAAAGAGCGUGGCACCGGUGUGGACAGAGGAGGCCACGUUCGAGCUGCCGCUCUUCCACAACGGUAAUACAGAGAAGUGUACGUUGCAUGUCCACGUAAUGCACCGGGCUCUCGUGGGAUCGGACAAGUUGCUCGGGCACGCAGUCAUCAACCUGUUGGAGCUCAGCGAGGUUAAAUCCCGCAAUAAGACUGAAUGGCAUAAGCUGUUGGAUAAGGCAGGCAAGCCAGACAAAGACAGGGGAGAGGUGCUGGUGGACAUCCAGUUUAUGAAGAACAACCUGACAGCCAGCAUGUUCGACCUCUCUGCUACAGACAAGCCGCGCUCCCGCCUGGGCAAGUUCAAGGACAAGGUUCGAGGCAAGAAGAAGGAGAGUCUGUCAGACUCAGCGUCUGCCGUGGUGCCGUCCUUCACCCAGGUUCUGACGGACAGCGAGGGAGAGGGGGAAGGGGAGGGAGGUGCAGACAAAAAAGAGAAAAAGAAGAAAAACAAGCUGAAGUCUCUGUUUUCUCCCAAGUCUAAUCUGCAGCGUCACGGACUGUCGCAAUCCAUGUCUGUCCUGGGCCCUCUGCCUGAGAAGAACUCCUCACUGAGUGGCAGCCCCUCAGGCCUCAACGAGGACUCCUCUGAAGGUAAAAAUAAAUUCAAGUUUCUGACCCAUAAACGCACAGGCAGUUCCGACAGUAAGGCUUCUCAGGGCUCCUUGUCUCUAGGGCGCUCUAAGAUCCCUGCCCCGCUUGCAGAGCAGAGUAACCUGUGCAUCAACGGCAGUCACGUGUACACAGAGCAUACCCAGCCACGGAGCGCACGCACCGGCUCCACCUUCAGCCUUGCCAGCUCAGGCCACGGUUCCAUGGAAGACCUACGCAGGGCCCAGGGCCGUAAGAGCUCCAGCACCUCCAUGGACUCUCUCACGGCCCUGAAGCAGCCCUCACCCUGGGCAGAGGUGGAGAGCAGCAGGGCAGAGGAGGAGGAGGAGGAAGAGGAGGAGGAGGAAGAAAGAGUUAAGAUGGACGAGAUGAAGAGAAAGAAAGAGCAGGAGAGAAAGAAGUUAGAUGAGGAAGAGAGGAUGAAUAAGGAGGAACAAGAGAAAAGGAGGAUUGGGAAGGAGGUAGAAAGACUUAGGUUUGAGGAGGAGAGGAUACGGAUUGAAGAGGAGAAGAUGAGGUUUGAGGAGGAAGAGAAAACGAGGAUGGAGGAGCAGGAAAACAGAAAGAGGAUGGAGGAGGAAAAGAUUAGGGUUGAGGAGGAAAGUAGAAUGUUGGAAGAGAGGAAGAGGAAACUGAAGGAGGAGGGAGAGGUGAGGGUAAAGAAGAAAGAACAGGAAAUGAUUAGGUUACAGGAGGAAAUGGAGGAAGAGAAAACGAGGAUGGAGGAGCAGGAAAACAGAAAGAGGAUGGAGGAAGAAAAGAUUAGGGUUGAGGAGGAAAGUAGAAUGAUGGAAGAGAGGAAGAGGAGACUGGAGGAGGAGGGAGAGGAGAGGGUAAAGAAGAAAGAACAGGAAAUGAUUAGGUUACAGGAGGAAAUGAGGGAACAAGAGAGGUGGGAAGAAGAGGAAAGGAUGAGGAGAGAAGAGCAUGAAAGAAUGAAGAGGGAGGAUAGACUGAGGAAGGAGGACGAGAGGAAAAUGAGGGAGGUGGAGGAAAGAUUGAAGAGGGAGAAAGAGGAGAGAAUUAAGGAGGAAGAAAGGAUUAGGAGAGAACAAGAGGAAGAUAUGCAAAGAAGGGAGGAACGGGAGAGGAAGAUCAGGGAGGAGGAAGAAAGAGUGAAGAGAGAACAGGAUAGGCUGAGAGAGGAGGAGAGAAGAGUGAGGGAGGAGGAAGAAAGGGUGAGGAAGGCCGAGGAGGAAGAUAGGCUGAGAGAGGAAAUGGGGAUAAAGAGGACAGAGGAGGAAAGAAUUAAGAGAGAAGAGGAGGAUAGGCUGAGAAAGGAAGAAGAGGAGAGGAAGAUCAGGAAGGAGGAAGAAAGAGUGAAGAGAGAACAGGAUAGGCUGAGAGAGGAGGAGAGAAGAGUGAGGGGGGAGGAAGAAAGGGUGAGGAAGGCCGAGGAGGAAGAUAGGCUGAGAGAGGAAAUGGGGAUAAAAAGGACAGAGGAGGAAAGAAUUAAGAGAGAAGAGGAGGAUAGGCUGAGAAAGGAGGAAGAGGAGAGGAAGAUUAGGAAGGAGGAAGAGAGGAUAAGGAGAUUAGAGGAGGAGAUGUUGAGAAAGGAGGAAGAGGAGAGGAAGAUCAGGAAGGAGGAAGAGAGGAUAAGGAGAUUAGAGGAGGAGAUGUUGAGAAAGGAGGAAGAGGAGAGGAAGAUCAGGAAGGAGAGGCUGAGGAAGGAGGAAGCAGAAACAAUGAGGCUUGAAGAAAUAAGGGGAAAUGAACAGGAGAGGAGGGAUAAGGAGCAGAAAGAAAGAUUUAGGGUGGCGGAAGAAAAUAUGAAAAAAGAGGAGUUGGGACAGGAAGAGAAAAGGAGAAAUGCACAGAUGGAGGAAGAGCAAAGGCGUGAGGAAGUUGAGAAGCAGAUGGAGGAAGGGCAAAGGCGUGAGGAAGUUGAGGAGCAGAAUAGCGAGGCAAAGGUCACCGUGUGCAAUAAUCCUUUUGAGGAAGUCUCUCCCACCAGUUCAUUUGAUGACACCGCUUCAAAUAAUCUGUUUGAGGAGAACGCUAUGACCACCACUGGACCCAUCAGCUGCCGGAUAAAUAAAGUAUCAGCAGUCAAGCCAAGACCCUCUUCAUGGGGGAACCCUUCAAAGCCUGCUAUAUCUUCCAGCCCCUUAUCAUCCUCGUCUCCUGAACUGGAGAGUUCUAUGGACUCCCCCAGAGGCGCUAGGGAAACCGGAGACGCUAUUGACCCGUCUGCUGAUCUGAUGGAGAAGAAAGACCCUGCCCUUGUGGCUCCCAACAAUCAGCGCUGGGCUCGUAAGGACAACUGGUCUAGUAAAUCUCAUUGUGCCACACCUACCCUCGCUAAAACAAAGCCAACAAAACCGCCCCCUCCCCUCAGACGUCAAUCUUCCACGUCAUUGGUGGGAAGUGGGGAUGACCAGGGGAGUGUUAGUGGUAAGGACCAUUCCAGUGUCAGACAGGAUAAGGGCCCUGCUCCACUGCCUCCAGACAACCAGCGAUGGGCUCAUAAGGACAACUGGCCCAGUAAGUCCAACCCUGAUUCUGCCACUCCUACCCUCACCCAAAAAACGCCAACAAAACCGCAGCCUCCUCCAAGAUGCCACUCUGCCACGUCAUUGGUGGGAAGCGAAUAUGACCAGCACUUAAAUGAGAGUGUUAGUCAGGAUGAUUCCAGUAUCAGGAGGGACAAGCGUCCUGCUCCACUGCCUCCUGACAGACCAAACCAGGCUCCAAGCCAGACACAGAGGGACCAGAGUAUGACCAGUGUGAAUCAGGGACAUAAGGACAGAGUGGGUGCCUCCAUGUCCAAGGUUUCUCAACGUGUGGCACAGAUGAUCACACCACUGAGAUCUUCCUCCACAGCUACAACAGAACACAUCAGUGGAAGCCAGAGCUCUACCCACCAUGGGAACCAAGCAGAGGAACCCAUGCCCUCAGCCACUGGGGGGUUGAUGGUUGCGAAACACAAUAAAGGUCCAGCACCCUCCAGGCCCCAGCACCCUCCAGGGAAGACAUUGCCAACAGCUGAUGUGUUAGAUGAGCAAUCAAAUACUGAGGAACAUGACUCUUCGGUUCAGUUUGGUCCAAACAAUCCCUUUGCAGAAGACUGCAGAAUGGAGAAGUCCUCUGGACGCAGUGAAGAUCAGAGUCUAACUGGUGAGCGUCAGGAGAGCCUGGACUCUCACAAUCAACAGAGUUGUACCUCCACAGAUGCAGAUCUAGGUCCGUUUCAGAAGCGUGUGGUUGGGGACACAACUGAGCUUCCAGCGCCAGAUGUUCUGCCAGCUGAGGAUGUCUCCUGUCCCACCAAAAGCACAUCAGCGAAGCGAGCCCGUGCUCCCUUGCCUCCAGUGAAGAUAACAUCCACCUUUAGAGAGGAGGGAGCUGGUAAACAGAGUUCUGGAAAACUACAAAGCCCAGCGGCUCCCACUUCGAGUAAGCUUUCCUCAGGUAACUGGGUAAGAAAGCAGAAUGGCGGGGUGGGUAUGGCACUACCAUGUGUUACCCUUGCCCAGCCCCCAUGUUUCCCCUCACCUGCCCCCUCCUCCAUACCCCACCCUGAGCCCCUGAAGGGAUCAGGGGGCAGGAGAGACUGCCCUCCCCAGACAACAAGCUCUGUCCCUGGCCAGAAGACCCUGCUUCAUGCUGGAGCUCUGCCCUCCAUUACAGAGCAGUGCAGUGGAGAGGAGGCAGGAGGGAGAGGGGACAGGUCUGCCUCAAGCACACGCAGGCCACACCCAGUAAAGCCCUUGAGUUCCCUGGAAAACCAGCCAGCCUCCAACAUCCAUGAGGGACAGGCUGGCAAAUCUACAGGGAUCCUCGGUGGUCUUCAAGAGAAGAUACAGGUCAAAGACACAGGGGUGAAAGGUCCCUACUCCCAGCUGACCCAGGAAGAGCUGAUCUCCCUGGUGGUGAAGCAGCAGGAGCAGCUCUCCAAAAGGGACGAUAAGAUCAAGGAGCUGGAGCAGUACAUUGACAACCUGCUGGUGCGCAUCAUCGAGGAGCAACCCAGUAUCCUGAUGACCAUGAACUCACUCAAAUGAGUGUUCCUAAUCAUUCAGAGCAGGCCCUUCCUAAAAUAUGUAUCUUCCUCAAUGCACAUGUAUUGGACUGGUUGAAUAUUUCCGGCUUUCCUCCCAAAUAACUUUGAAUUCACCCGACACCCAUGUAUACCAUACCAAGCACUGGCUUUCUGUUCCUACUGAACAGAUGCGCUUUUGUUCAUUACAUUUUGAUUGUUGAAUAUUUAAUUGUUCAUUACAUUUUGACUAAAGGAUUUCUUAACUUUAUGGGUGUGUAACAGUAUAAGAACACAAACAAAGCACAAGUCCAUAUAGGCCUGUGGGAAGUUGCCUUACGUUUUUGACAGUUCGAUUUUUCUUAGUAUUAAUGUUUUGAUUUUCUUGCGACGAGUAUGAUAUGAAGGUUAAAUCCAGUGCAAUGACACUGAAGAAUGAAUUGAAUAAUGAAAGCUCCAACAGAACAGUGGAGUUUGCUUAUUUGUUAACACUUUAUGUAAAGCAGACAGACCGGUAUAAGGUGUCAAACAUGCUUAUGACAAGUAUUACAAUGAAUUCUAAUGAGUAAUACCUGUCGGUAAAGUGUUUGUAUUGCUUGUCUGAGGUACAGAUAUUAUUCCCUGAUACUGUAUAACUCGUAUAAAUGUUGUACAUAGAGAUGUCCUUUUCCUAUUGUCAACUUCAUGUUGAAUCACUUUGAGGAGGAAAGAAUUGAUAAAUUGCUAGUCUAAGAGAUAAACAUGGAUUGAUAAUUAUUACAAUUUAGACUACAGAUAAGCAAGGUUUACUGGGAAGUGUGGACUAUGCAAUGAAUCGAGAGUGCAUUCAUCAAAAGGCAAUCUCACUGACAGGUGCACCUCUGGAAACAAAUUGCAAGGGUGUAACCUAUAAAUAUCGUUCAGUGGCAUUUCCUUGUGAAGAAAGCUAUUGAAAUUCAGAGACUGUUUUCUUAAACCAGCUACCACUGUCCAUAGGUAAAUACAGUAGCAAGAUGUGUCAGAGUAUGUUGGUCUGCCUUUGGUCAUACAAAUUAUUACUGUAUAGUUGGGUGAAAGUUAAUCUCGGACACCCAGAACUAAAAUCUCAUGUAUCCCACGUAAUUGGGUCAAACGCUCAAUUACAUCUGUCCACGAGAGAUUAGGUGAAAGUCAGAACGUCUAUAUUCGGUCCAUGUAAAGCCUAUUUUGCAAUGAUAAAAUAAAGACUCAUUUUCAAAAAA